CAACAGUAUCAUGUCAAAAAAUCGACGCAUCAACAGUGGAAAAAAUUAAUAACAAUUUAACUUAAAAUAAAGAUUUCUGGCUAAUAGUUCCUAAGUGAAAUCCAAGAUGGCGGCGGGAGGUACAGGCGCAGUAUUUUUCCUGGGCACCCGAGCACACUAUCAGGUGUUGCAACAGCCGGAGACCAGAUUCGACCUGGAGAACGGCAACGCGUCCACGGAGACGAUAUACCAGAACCCGUCAGUGCAGGAGGUGUGGCCAAAAGGACAGCCCGAGGCCGACGGCACUGGCUCCUAUGUCACUGACAGGGGUAACUGGAGCUAUGAGAAGGAAGUUUCAGUGAGUGAUGAGAAAGAGAAAUCGGAUUCAAGCACCAAUACGAAGAAGAGGCCUAAACGGCGUGUGAGCGAGACAGCAUUGUGCGAGAAGGACAACGAUAUGAAACCCGCUGCGCUCAACUCUCUUGGAGACAAUACAACGCCGAAGCCCAAGUCCCGCCGUCGGAUCCCGCUGGUGACGUUCUUGCAGUCGCUGGGGCGGCGCAAGCGGCGCCUGGACACCGACGGACAGUACCUGCAGCACAUCGAGAGCGCGCUCAUGACCUGCACCUACAGGGAGUCCUGCAGGUGUCUGGAGUGUCAGAGUCGCUAUUUCGAAUGCGACGAGGACUCUGAUGAUUACAACUCGGACGACAGCGACUACACGCCGCGCUACGUGCCGCAGGUCGAGGAGCCAGAAGACCACAGCUAUGAGGAUGAUGAGGUUAUCAUCAGUUUCAAGUUUAUUAAUGUCAA